GCCAAUGCACUGCAAGGUAUGAGUAAAUCGAUCCCACGUAGGUGCAUUGUUACAGAAAACUGAAAAAGGGCAUAUGGCUAGCCGUUGGGUGUUUGGUUAUUAUUGUGCAAUAGCAGGCUUGGCGGUGGCAGUGGGUUCAGUAUCUGCACAGCCAAAGAGGGCUUUCUUUGUAUUCGGGGAUUCACUGGUGGAUAGCGGCAACAAUGACUUCCUGGCAACCACCGCACGCGCAGACGCUCCCCCCUACGGCAUCGACUACCCGACUCGCAGACCUACUGGACGUUUCUCCAAUGGCCUUAACAUCCCUGACUUAAUCAGUGAGCAGCUUGGUUUAGAGCCUACUCUCCCGUAUUUGAACCCUCUACUGACUGGAGAGAAGCUGCUGGCUGGUGCGAAUUUUGCGUCGGCUGGUAUCGGGAUUCUCAAUGACACAGGAUUUCAGUUUCUGCACAUCAUCCACAUCUACAAGCAACUCAAGCUUUUUGAACAUUACCAGCAAAGGCUGGGAGCGCAUAUCGGUGAAGAAGGAGCCCGCCGACUGGUAAACGGAGCGCUCCUGCUCAUCACUCUCGGCGGCAACGAUUUUGUCAACAAUUACUAUCUGGUUCCCUACUCUGCAAGAUCUCGCCAAUUUUCUCUCCCUGAUUACGUUCGCUAUCUCGUUUCCGAGUACCGUAAAAUUCUCAGGAGGGUGUAUGAUUUGGGAGGAAGGAGGGUGAUCGUGACGGGGACGGGACCGAUGGGGUGUGUUCCGGCAGAAUUAGCCAUGAGAAGCAGAGAUGGGGACUGCGACGAGGAACUCCAGAGAGCAGCAUCCUUAUUUAAUCCGCAGCUAGUGGACAUGAUCACAGGUCUUAACCGGGAGGUUGGUGCUGACGUGUUCGUGGCAGCGAAUGCUUAUCAAAUGCACAUGGACUUCAUUAGCAACCCUCAAGCUUAUGGAUUUGUAACGUCAAAGGUAGCAUGCUGCGGACAAGGCCCAUACAACGGGAUUGGACUGUGCACCCCGCUUUCAAGCCUGUGCCCGAAUCGAGACCUCUACGCCUUCUGGGAUCCGUUCCAUCCAUCGGAGAAGGCCAGCAGAAUUAUAGUCCAGCAGAUUCUGGCAGGCUCCACUCAGUACAUGCACCCCAUGAAUCUCAGCACCAUCAUGGCCCUCGAUUCCACCACUUGAUAUCUCCGCCACGUCCAUCAUGUUUAUUUAUGUCCUCUGUUUUCUUCGCGUAAUUCCCGCAUGUAUUCCUAAUCUCCAUCCCUUGCGCUAAUAAAGUAUUCUUGUUCUCCUUC